CCGUUCUUGACCCAUGUGAGUUACCGGCUACUAAGAUGAGCGCGAUCAAAGCUACGAAGGGCCUUCUGGCUUUGAGCCAGCAGGACGAUCUAAUGGAUUUGCCAACCAACUACCCUUUGAGUGACAGUGAAGAUGAGGCGGGCAGUGAUGGAGAAAGAAAGCAUCAAAAACUUCUGGAAGCAAUUGGUUCCCUUAGUGGAAAAAAUAGGUGGAAAUUGCCUGAGAGAUCUGAAGCUGGUCUGAAAGUGUCUGAGUUUAAUGUUAGUUCUGAAGGAUCUGGAGAAAAAUUGGCCCUUUCAGAUUUGCUUGAACCUCUUAAAUCUUCAUCCUCAUUGGCUGCUGUUAAAAAGCAACUGAAUAGAGUCAAAUCAAAGAAGACUUUGGAAUUACCUCUUCACAAAGGAGAGGUUGAACGGGUCCACAGAGAAGUGGCCUUCAGUAACACUUCACAAGCCCUCUCCAAAUGGGAUUCUGUUGUUCAGAAGAACCGGGCAGCAGAGCAGCUGGUCUUUCCUCUGGAGAAGGAGCCGACUUUUGUUCCCAUGGAACACGUGUUUUGUGAGUGGAAGGCAAGAAGUCCACUGGAACAGGAAAUCUUUAACCUCCUCCAUAAGAACAAACAGCCAGUGACAGACCCUUUACUGACCCCUGUGGAAAAAGCCUCCCUCAAAGCCAUGAGCCUGGAAGAGGCUAAGAUUCGCAGAGCAGAGCUUCAGAGGGCCCGAGCUCUGCAGUCCUACUAUGAAGCCAGGGCUCGAAGAAUGAAGAAAAUCAAAAGUAAAAAAUAUCACAAAAUUGUGAAGAAGGGAAAGGCCCAGAAGGCCCUCAAAGACUUUGAGCAGCUAAGGAAGGUUGAUCCUGAUGCUGCAUUGGAAGAACUGGAAAAAAUGGAAAAAGCCAGAAUGCUGGAACGAAUGAGCCUUAAGCAUCAAAACAGUGGGAAAUGGGCCAAGUCAAAGGCCAUUAUGGCAAAAUAUGACCUGGAGGCCCGCCAAGCUAUGCAAGAACAGUUGGCUAAGAACAAGGAACUGACACAAAAGCUGCAAGUUGUUUCAGAGAGUGAGGAAGAGAGAGAUGCUGAAGAGGAAGAAGCCCUAGUCCCUGAUAUAGUGAACGAAGUGCAGAAGGCUGCCCAUGGACCCAAUCCGUGGAUGCUCCGGAGUUGCAAUCAUGAUGCAAAAGAAAAUGAGAUCCAGGCCGAUCCUGAACAACUACCUGAGCCUGCGGCCCCCGAGUUCUCUAAAAAUGAGGGAGAUGAAAAACCAGUGGCAGAGGAAGGCAAAUUGUUGGAGGAGUUGGAGAAAAGGAGAUCCCUUCGGAAAAGAUCAGAGCUCAACCAUGAUGCUGAGCCAGCGCGUGACCAAAAGCCAAAAGAUUCUACCAACCAGGAGGUGUUAUCUGAAUUGAGGGCAUUGUCUAAGAAACUCAGUAAGGAAAACCAUCCAUUCGAGAAGCAAAAGGAGAGUCCAGCAAAGACUGUUGGCCUGGUCCAGGAAGAGGAACCUGGCCCAGAGGAAGAUGAGCCUCUAUUGCUGCAGAGGCCAGAGAGAGUACGAACUCUGGAGGAACUAGAAGAGCUAGGUAAAGAGUACAGUCUUCCAAAUAAGGAGCUCUCUAGACCUUCAGUAGAAGGGGAGCAGAUGAGGACGAACCCACAAAAUCAGACCAAGGGGAAAAACAAGAAGGAGCAGAUGAUUAGUCUACAGAACCUCCUGACUACAAGAACUCCUUCUGUGACAUCACUGGCACUUCCGACAACAGUGGAGGAGUUGGAUGAUGAAGUGAAGAGAAACCAAAAGCAAAUGAUAAAGGAAGCUUUUGCUGGGGAUGAUGUCAUCAAAGAGUUCCUAAAAGAGAAGAGAGAAGCUGUCCAGGCCAAUAAGCCAAAGGACGUGGAUCUGACCUUGCCUGGCUGGGGAGAGUGGGGCGGGAUGGACCUGAAGCCCAGUGCUAAGAAAAGACGCCGGUUUCUCAUUAAAGCCCCUGAAGGUCCUCCAAGAAAAGAUAAGAAUUUGCCCAACGUGAUUAUUAAUGAGAAGCGUAAUAUCCACAUUGCAGCUCACCAGGUGCGGGUGCUUCCGUAUCCAUUCACCCACCAUCAGCAAUUUGAAAGGACCAUCCAGAAUCCCAUAGGGUCCACAUGGAUCACCCAGCGAGCAUUCCAAAAGCUGACUGCUCCCAAGGUUGUGACCAAGCCAGGCCAUAUUAUCAAGCCCAUAACAGCAGACGAUGUGGGUCGCCAAUCUUCCCCAAGGUCUGACCUGUCUGUCAUGCAGACCAAUCCAAAACGACACUGCAAACAUCAAAAGCAACUGAAGAAAAAAGCUCUAUAGGUUGAAAUAUCUGAGGAGUGCCCUGACUAUUCUUUUGCUUUGUCUGUGCUGCAAAUUUUUUAAUUCCAAAACUGGCUUAAUAAACACUGUACUUCAGCCAUAUCUUAGAAAUAAAUGCCUUUUUUGUUUACCUUUA